UCACGGACGGUCGCCCCGCCGCCAACGCCGUGCCCUCACGGCCUCACCUGGCUCCCUCCGCGCUCGCGUCUGCCCCGCCAACGCCUACGCCAACGCCUUGUGGCUCGCCGCCCUCGCCUGGGUCCCUCCGCGCUCCCGUUUGCCCCGCCGCCGCCUUGCAGCUCGCUGCCGGUCUCCUCGGGGAGAGACCAACCGCUGCUUGGGCUCCGCUCCUCGCGAACUCCUCCUCCUCCACAUCAUCGUCUUCGCGUGCCCCGAAAGGAUAGCUGUCCACCACGUCCAUGCUACAAAAUCAAAGAGAAGGGAUUACAGAUGCUUGAAUCCUAAUGGAGGAGAUUGUCAGUUCUGCAGUUGUCCAGGAGACAGUUAGCCAAGUUCUAUCUGCUCUGGUUCAGAAAUAUGAGGAGAAAGAGGAAUCAGAUGCCAUCAGAAACUUGGAGAGGCUAGAGAUGGCGCACAUCAGGCUAGAGGCUGCUCUUGAGACAUCUGAUAAGUGGAAGAUCACUGACACAUCCAUGUUGCGUUGGCGUAGGAAGCUGAAGCGUGCUGCUCAAGAAUGUGAUGACAUGCUGCACAAAUGCAAGCAGAGGAUACUAGAAGACGAGCAGAUGGAACAAAGGGUAAGGAAUUCCUCCUUGCCGAACCGGAUUGCGCAUGCUACCAAGUCAUUUGUCUCCUCCAUCAUUAACUGUGACACCAAGAGGUUGAGGACAUCCACUGUUCAAAGAUUUGAAUGGUUUGCAGAUGGCGCUACUGAGUUUCUGAGAUUCGUGGAGCUUGGUGGCACACCACGCAGGCACAUAUCAUUCUACUCCCUUGUCAAUAACCUUUUUGCAGGCAAGGAACUACAUCACAAAAUCAUUGGAGCAAACCAGCACCCUUCGUUUGAACUAUGGUUGGAGCCCUUUGGUACUGCAGAACACGGAACAGAGGCUAGCCUGCACCUUAUCCAGACAGAUGAUUCUCCAGCACUGAGCAAUAUCUACUUUAGUAUAGUACUACAGAUUUCGGAGAGUACAGACAUAGUUGGGACCGCAAUUAAGUGCCUGCAGUUGUUUGCUCCUCAUUUCAAGUGUAUAGUUGAAAAUAUUAUGAAAGAACUUACUCAACUACCAACUCAAUGCUUGUCGUGGGUGCCAUCUGUUCAUUCCAACCAGCAAGAUCGGGUUCGUUUUAAAAACCAUGCAUCUCAAUGGAUUCGCCCACACUCAUUAUGUUGCAAGAAGCAUAAUCAGCAUGAGCUUCAACGUACUAUCAGCCCAGACAUGGAAGGUUCGUCAGAUGCUUUCUUGAAACCAGUAAUUGAAGUGAAUUUGCAGUGUCAGGUCUCUUUGUCACCAUACAACAAACAGAAGACCUUGCCAUUUGAAGACAUACUUUCUCUGCAGGAUUCUAGUUAUCUGAAAGCUGGAAUUUACUUUGCACCCCAUCGCUCUUUAGGACCCACGCUGCCUGCAAAUAGAAGCUCCGAGAUAGUGGCAAUGGUCGGCGACGAUCAACAUUGCUUGCAUGUAGAUGUUACCUUGGAACAACUGGAAGAGAUCAUGCUUCCAAAGGCAAUAGAUUACUUUCACCAGAAUACUGAAUCAACAAUUUACAAAAUGAUUUGGAAGUCUAAACAUAGCUCUGCACUUAUUCAGGUUGAGAAUGCUAGCAUGAUCACACAAAAAACAUUUGGGGGAGAUAGGAAGAGAAAGCUGUUGCAAGGACAGGAUGAGGAAUCUAUAAGUCGAAAAUCUAUGAUCUCUCACUUGUUUGACUUAUGGCGUGCACAUGUGCCCGUUCAGCUAAUAAGCGAGUUCAAGAACUGGUUGAAGAAAGAAAAGGAAAGUUUGUAGUAUCGCAGCUGUACCUGAAAUUCUAAAUCAUGUAACAUAGAUCAAUUAGGGGGAAAAGGAAGGGACGGAAGAAAAUAUUGGAGUUACUAUUCAUAGUCGACAAUCCACCAACGCAUCAUAGUAUAGGUAUUAUCAGAGAACAAGUACGGGUCGAAGCGGUUUGAAAUACAGGGGCAAUCGGAGCAAAGCUACAGUAUCAUUGUUGUAGUGUUACGUGUCAAAUGCUUGUAUCAUGUUUGCUUUUAUUAAGAAGUAUGUAGUACAUUAGGAAUGCUAGUGUAACACUCACUCCUUUGAGAAUUUCAAAUAUAACUGGUUGGUGGACUGUUUGUAGACUCUGAA